UAAUGUGAACAAAUAUCAAUAGAAUUAUUAAUAAUAAACUUAAAUAUAUAACUAAUUAAUAAUAUGUAAGACGUUUAAGGUUUCAAAAUAAGUGCAGCCGCUCGAUCUUCAUACAAAUUUCUAAAACACCGUAAACCACUAGGUAUUUAAUGAGAAUUUCAUACAUAGCUGUAUAUUCUUGGAUUACAUAAACUAUCAGGUAACCUAUAUUCAUGUCAUCAGCAAAGAUGAUAGGUCGCGCGGUUGCCAGUUGCAGAUUAUCAAGCAAAGGAUUACGAUCUCAAUCGGUAUCAAUUCUACUUUCUCGCAAUACAUACCCAAAUACUAGAACCAUGGCUUCAAAGGCAAUCACUAUGGAUAACAUAAACCCCAACAUUGUAAAGUUAGAAUACGCCGUUCGAGGACCCUUAGUAACCCGUGCCGGCGAAAUCGAAAAGGAAUUGCAAAAGGGUGCCGACAAACCGUUCAAAAAAGUGAUAAAGGCAAAUAUCGGAGAUGCGCAUGCGAUGGGACAGCGACCGAUCACAUUUAUUCGACAGGUCCUAUCAUGUGUGGCGAACCCAGAGAUAAUAGAGAAGUGUAACUUCCCUGAUGACGUGAAACAGCGGGCCAGGGAUGUCCUCAAAUCUUGCGGGGGUAAUUCAGUGGGUGCGUACACGAUGUCUCAUGGUAUCGAAUCGAUCCGUCGCCACGUAGCGGAGUACAUCCAAAAGCGAGAUGGGCUUCCCUCAGACUGGAACAACGUGGUGCUGGUGGGUGGAGCCUCUAAUGGGAUCAAGAAUUGCCUUCAACUCCUUGUCAAUAAAGUCAAUGGGAAGAAGUCAGCCGUAAUGAUCCCCAUCCCUCAAUACCCGCUGUACUCGGCGUCUCUGGACGAAUACGGACUAGAACUAGUCGGAUACUACCUGGACGAAGAACGCCAGUGGGGCCUCAGCACCGAGGAGCUGGAACGGUCAUACGCCGCAGGACAGGAGAACAAUACUGUUCGGGCCAUAGUUGUUAUAAACCCUGGAAACCCCACCGGUCAGGUGCUGACUCGAGAAAACAUUGAGGCGAUAGUGAAGUUCGCGCACGCGCACAACCUAUUCAUAUUCGCCGACGAGGUCUACCAGGACAACGUCUACGCCGAGGGCAGCAAGUUCUUCUCGUUCAAGAAGGUGAUGAUGGAAAUGGGUGAACCUUACAACAAGAUGGAGCUGGCUUCGUUCAUGUCUGUCAGUAAGGGCUACAUGGGCGAGUGCGGUCUCCGGGGUGGAUGGAUGGAGCUGGUAAACCUCGACCCGCAAGUGCAGGCCAACCUCUUCAAAGCCAUUUCCGCCAUGCUGUGUCCGAGUUCCUUGGGGCAGACGGCCGUCGACUGUGUGGCUAAACCUCCGGCUCCGGGCGAGCCUUCGUACGACCUCUGGCUCAAAGAGAAGACUCAGGUGUUGGAAUCCCUCAACAAGAGAGCCAAGAUGAUCGCAGAUACCUUCAACCAGAUGGAAGGCUUCAAGUGUAACAUUGUACAGGGCGCGAUGUACGCGUUCCCCCAAAUCACGCUGCCCCCGAAAGCCAUCGAAGCGGCGAAGAAGGCCGGCAAAGCCCCUGACGUGUUUUACGCCUUCCAGUUGCUGGAGAACACCGGGAUCUGCAUAGUGCCGGGCACGGGCUUCGGCCAGAAACCGGGCACCUACCACUUCAGGACCACGAUACUCCCGCAGCCCGCUCUCCUCCAGGAGAUGCUGGACAUCUUCAGGUCUUUCCACGAGAAGUUCACCAAACAGUACUCGUAGGUUCUGGGACGCGUCUUCGUCAAAUUCACGAAAACGAGUCGAUCGUGUCAUUCGUAGUAACUUUGAGCCGCUUAACGUAUUUGGAUAUUAUUACUAAGUUAACUUGCAAAUCCAGAUCGAGAACUCCUCGAAGCGCCAUCCCUUAUCGAUGUAUAAAACUGAGACAUAUGUCAUAACAUAUAAAAUAUAAGAUACAUUAAUGCUAAAGGAGUGCUCUUCGAUAGAAAAUUAUGAAAUGAAGUUGUGUUCGCUACCAUUUUGUGAUAACCGAGACGGUGAUAUUAAUAUAUUUGUCUAUCUGCUUGUAUUUAUUAUUUUUAAGUUUUGAUUGUUUGUAUUGCGCUCGCUUCACUUUUUGAUAGAUGCCCAAUCGGAGUCCGUACUAGAAGAUGUCUGGUCUGCCAUAUUUCUCAAUUGUUAAGCACAAAUCGAUAGACAUUCAAAUAAAUGAACAAAGCUGCUUUAAAGAGGCAUGAGGUUCUCGCUUUGAGAUCGGGAUGUAUCCGGACGAAGACACCUAACGGUGAGUGAGACUGAAGCUUACAUGAGCGCUUUGUCUAUUUAUUUAAUACUCGUAGCGAGUUCCUGAUUGGUUAUUGAAGCUGUUCUUUGAAAUUCAACCAAAAUCGUGGAUUAUCAUCGUUUCCCGUGUGAAGUGGUGACAUUCCGCUACAACCCUACCGAUGAGAUUGUUAUACUGUUAAUAAAUAUAUAUUACGA